AUCCGUGAGAGUCGUGGCAGUCAUUCGUUGUUAGCGGCACGAUGGGCGCGGACAAGCACAACGGAGUGGUGACUUACAACAGGAGACCUCCACAGAGACCUCUGCUGAAGAGAAUCCAAUACGGAAUAUGGAACCCUGAGGAGAGGACCUUCCUAGGAAGAACGGGGAAGAGAUGGGGUGUAAUAGGUCUAAUAUAUCUGGUUAUGUACAUCUGCAUCGUCAUCUUCUUUUCCAUUUGUAUGUGCGGGAUGCUCUCCGUGCUGGACGAGCGGAUACCUUACUUCACCCUCGCCGAUUCUAUCAUCGGAAAUAAUCCCGGAAUGGGACACAGACCUUUAAUCUUAGAGGAGGAAUCCCUGAUAUGGUACGAUGCGAAGGACCCUAAAACAAUACAGAAAUACGUCGAUAACAUCAGCGAGUUUUUGGCUCCGUACGAAAAUAAGAGCCUACUCAUCAACCAAGGUGCUAACCAGCACGAUUGUGGGAUGACAAAACCACCGCGAAACGAAGUAUGCUCCUUCAAUUUAUCACAGCUCGGACCAUGUUCUAAAGAAAAUAAUUUUGGGUUCACGAACAGGACACCUUGCAUCAUCAUUAAGUUGAAUAAGAUAUUCGAUUGGAAUCCUGUCUUCUACAACGACCCUGACGAUCUGCCUCCCAAAAUGCCUGUCACUGUAAAACAGUACAUCAACUCGACCACGUCACCGGAGGAACGGCGUAAAGUCUGGGUAUCGUGCGAGGGAGAGAGACCAGUUGAUGUGGAAACCUUGGGUCCGAUAAAUUAUUACCCUUACCCAGGUCUGUCAGAGAUUUACUUCCCAUAUGAUAACACCCCCGGGUACCUGAGUCCUCUGGUUGCUGUGCAGCUGAUGAAUCCCACAUUACAUCAGUUUAUCAACAUUCGUUGCCGUGCGUGGGCGCGGAAUAUAUUGUUGACAAAGAGUCUUAAGGACCUUAAGGGCUCUACCAGUUUCAUAAUCAUGAUUGAUUAAACAUAUCACAUUAAUGUUACUUAUAUUACAUUAAACAUGUUCUACUGCCAAUUUUUUUCUUAAGGCUUGUUUAUGUGUUCAAUGUCGGCGCCGUAUAGAAAAUUAUUUACAAUUAUAAAACCACAGAUCGUUUAUAAGCAAAAUAUAUUUUUUAAUAUUUAUUAUACAUAUAUUUCAAUCGCUAUACACUAGAAACAUAAUUUAAUGGAAUAUUUAAUGUCGUGAUGUCUGUAGCAGAUACGGCGGAUGUCUGGUACGAAUAAAAUAAAUGUUGUACAAAUGAA